AUGGAUAUCGUUAAGGAUGAAAGAAAUAUUCGUUAUGAAUACGAAUUAGAUAAAAUAAAAAAGAAGAAGAAGGAUAACCUUUUAAUUAUGAAUAUAUUGUAUAAUAAGAUAAAUUAUAUAUGUUAUAUAUUAAAAAGCAAUCAUCGAGAUAUAUUGAAUGAUAUAAACUUUGAGAAUAGAACGGCUAUAGAAAUAUGUUUAUAUUAUUGUAAAUCAUAUAUAUUAUUUUUAUUAUUAUUUUAUCCAUAUUUACAUAAUUAUAUAAGAAUUUUAAAAAAUAAUGAUUUACGAUUAUAUAAGAAUUUUUAUAAGUAUAUAUUAAAAAGACGAAAUAAUUUGCAUAUCUUAUUAUUAAAAUAUCGAAUACUUGAAUGCAUGAAAUUAAAAGAUAAGGAUGUUAAUGAUUCAAAUACUAUUAGCUACAUCGACGUGUAUAGUAUGAAUAGAUAUAUGAAUGAUGAAGAUGAUAUCGACAAAUAUUAUUAUAAACCUAAAUUUUCGUAUAAAAAUAAUAAUAUGAAUAAUUUACUUUUAUUAAAUGUAUAUUUUAAGGAUAUCAUGUCUAAGAACAAUUUCAUAUGCAUACUUUUUUCAAGAAUAUAUAUAAAGAAAUAUCAUAAAAAAAUAUUCCGUAUACUUUUGCUUAUACUCUUUUAUUUUUCCUUACCUACCUUUCCUUUCUCCAAAAAAUUCUUUAUCACAUAUCAUAAUUGGAGGGACACAGAAAAAGAUAAAAUUAAAGAGGAAAAUGAGGAGAACCACACAAAUACAAAAGGAAUAAAUAACAGUACUUAUGAUAAUAUUUACAGAAGUGUAUUAGAGGAUAAGGUUGAAGGAAAAUUAAUUGAGCAUAAUAAGAAUAUAUCCAAAAAUAAUGUGGGCGUGCAAGCUGUACAAGAGGGAGUAGUUUAUGGUACAGAAGAAAUAUUAAAAAAUGAGAAUAAAGGAACGGGUGGUAUGCAAGGAAAUAAUAUAAAGAAGAAAAAAGAUAGAGGAAAAAAAAAAGAUAUGGAUGAGGACUUCUCUUUUUAUUGUAAAAGAAAAUAUUUCACUACACCUUUCUUUGAACAUAUUAAUAUUCCUACUAUACAUAUUAAUGACUAUUUUUGUAGUGGUAACAAAAUUUUUGAAAGAGAAGAAUUUAAGGUUAUUAAUGAAAAGAAGAAUAAAAAAAAGAAAGACAAUACAAAUAAAUAUGAAAGUAAUUAUGACAGUAAAUAUGAUAAUAAUAAUAGUAGAGAUCAUUAUAAUAAUUUCAGAACAUAUGAAGAGAACAAUAUAUAUAAUUCAGAUAGUAGCAGCAGCGUGUCGAGUAGCUUAAGUGAUGAUAUUCUAUCCGAUAUCGAAGAUGAAAAUAUGCUAAAAGAAUUAUUCAAAAACGAAAAUAAGAUAUAUUCAAAGGAAGAGAGUAAAAAGAAUGAUAAUGAAAAAGAAAGAAAUAUAAAGAAUUUAAUGAAAGAGAAGCAAAAUAUAUUAAAUGAGAAAUUGAAAGAUAUAGAUACUAACUAUUCUAAAUCUACAUUAAAUGAUAUGAAGAACGAUUUUUUCCAAAUGAAUAUAAAAGAAUAUGAUUGGUAUGAUGAUAAUAAUAUAAUAAGAAGAGUAUAUAGAAAGGAGGAUGAUAUUAUAGAUAACUUUACAUUGAAAAAGGAACCAUUUGUUAGCGAAUUAUGGAUUAAUGUAAUAAAUUUUAAUGUGGAGGAUGAUAAUAAAAAUACAUUGAUACAUAAAGCAUGUCUUGUAGGUAAUUUGAAUAUUAUAUAUAUUUUAUUAUAUUUAAAUGUAGAUCUUUUUAUUUAUAAUUAUAAGAGUGAAUUACCUGUACAUUGUACAAUUUAUAAUUGUGAUAAAUAUAUUUUUCUUUUACUUUUACAUAAUACAAUUGAAUGCAUAUUUUAUGUAUUAUUGGAAGAAUAUAAAAGAUGGAACAAAACUCAUAACAUGUUAAAUACAAAGACAGAAAGCGAAAAAAUGAAAAUUCAAAAUAGAAAAAACAAAUUGAAAGAAAAAAAAAAAAAUAAAAAAAAAAAUAAAAAUAAAAAAAAUAAAAAUAAAAAAAAUAAAAAUAAAAAAAAAAUAAACAAAAGUAGAAUAAAUUACAACAACAAAAAAAAAAACAACAAAAAGAACAAUCAAAAUGUACAAAAUGUUCAGAAUGUACAAAAUGUUCAGAAUGUACAAAAUGUUCAGAAUGUACAAAAUGCACAAAAUAACAUUGACUCAUUUAAUUCAAGCGAAAAACAUGACGAGGAUAUUGAGGAAGUAAACGAAAUGUAUAAAAAAUAUAUUAAAGAUGGGAAAUUCUUUUAUUAUAAAAAUAUAAAUGACAAAUUCCUUUAUAACGUAAUACAAUUAUAUUUAAGUGUUAUCGUUAAAAUAAUUGAAUUGGGGAAUUUUGAAUUUUUAAAAAUACUUUUUAAUUAUAAUAGUUCGAUAUUUUCCUAUAUCUUCUUAAAUAAAAAUAUGUUUUCUUUUUUAUGUUCAAUAGCUUGUAUGUACAAUUGUUUGAAUGUUUUUAUUUUUUAUUGUGGUAAUAUUAUAAAGUGGUCUGUAUUUGAAACAUAUGUGGAGGAACAAAAACUCAAUUUUUUAGAAAGAACAAAGAAAAGGAAAAAUGUAUCGACAUAUGGAACCAAUAAUAAUGAUGAAAACCAAUAUAAUUUUUAUGAUAUGAAUAAUGAGAAGAAAAGAAACGAAUUCCAAAAUAAUAAUCUUUUUCAAACUGGUCCUUGUAGUAGCAUAAAAAAGAAUAAAACGAAUUUGGACACAUCGAAAGAUACUUCUUGUUUUAUAAAUAGUUAUGAGAAAAUUGAAGAUGUACAUCAACAGGAUUUUUUUAAUAUAUUGAAGUGCGUACCUUAUAUAAUUAACAACGGAAGGAUGAGUGGCAUUGGAAACAAUAUGGAUGAUAAUAAUAUAAGUGGUGAGAACAAUAUGAGUCGUGAGAACAAUAUGAGUCGUGAGAACAAUAUGAGUCGUGAGAACAAUAUGAGUAGUGAGAAUAAUAUGAGUAGUGAGAAUAAUAUGAGUAGUGAGAAUAAUAUGAGUAGUGAGAAUAAUAUGAGUAGUGAGAAUAAUAUGAGUAGUGAGAAUAAUAUAAGUGGUGAGAACAAUAUAAGUGGUGAGAAUAAUAUAAGUGGUGAGAAUAAUAUAAGUGGUGAGAAUAAUAUAAGUGGUGAGAAUAAUAUAAGUGGUGAGAACAAUAUGAGUCGUGAGAACAAUAUGAGUCGUGAGAAUAAUAUAUGUUAUCCGAACAAUAUGUAUAAUCAGAACAAUAUGUAUAAUCAGAACAAUAUGUAUAAUCAAAACAAUAUGUAUAAUCAAAACAAUAUGUAUUAUCCUAACAAUAUGUAUAAUCAAAACAAUAUGUAUAAUCAAAACAAUAUGUAUAAUCCGAACAAUAUGUAUUAUCAAAACAAUAUGUAUAAUCAAAACAAUAUGUAUAAUCAAAACAAUAUGUAUUAUCCUAACAAUAUGUGUAAUCCGAACUAUUUAUAUAAUGAUAAUAAUAACAACCUUUGUAAUAAUAUGCUUUAUCAUUACUUCAAGAUUAACAAUAUGGUAAAUCAUAGAUUCCUUAAUAUAUCCAAUAUUUCUUUUUAUGAUCCUCAUGUAAAUGCAAUUCUUACCUGUAGAGCAAAGGACCCAAUAGGAACUUUUUGCGAAAUGUUAUAUAAAAAAGAUAAUAAACGUUUGAUUAAAAAUGAUAUUGUUAAAAAGUGCAUUAAUAAGAAUAAUAGCAUAAAAAUAUUUUUCUCAAAAGAAUGCUUUAAACAUAUAUUCGUACCUGAACCAUGCGAUCAUCCAUAUGAAAGAAAUAAAUUAAAAAAUAAUAUUCCCGAAAAUUCUACAAGAUUAGAUGUACUAAUUUCUAAUAAACAUGGUAUCUUAAAUAUAAAUACUUUUGCUAAAUUUAAAGUUAAAUGUGUUGAUAGGAAAGCGACCGUGAAUGAUAUAUUAAGAGUACAUGAUGUUUCUUAUUUAAAAUUUAUCAUAAAUAAAAUAAAGAACUUUAAAAUGUCAGAUGAUGAUCUUAUGUAUUUUGAUGAUUUCUUGACAAAAGCAAAAAAGAAUUUUAAAAAUUAUUUAUUAACAAAUAAUGGUAAUGAAAAUACAGGAAAUCAAAAUAACCCUAUACAAAAGAAUGAGAUAUUACAAACAUUUUAUUUAAUAAAUAAAAAAAGUGAAUUAGAAAAUAUAAUGUUAAUUCGCAUGAAUAAUAAGUUUAUGGGAAAUAGAGAUUUGUAUAUACAAAAUUAUUUAUCUAAUAUUCAUACACCUAUGCAUGCAAAUUUAAAAGAUAAACCAUUAGUUUCUCUUGAAUUAAAGAAAAUAUUAAGUGACAGUGAUUCUGAAGAUAAUAAUAAUAAUGAUAUAGAAAAUUAUGAACCUGAAAAAUAUGUAUAUAUGGAAAAUGGUAUCAGGAUGAAUAUAUUAACAGAUGAAGGUUUAACCGAAGCGGCUAAUGUACUUUAUAUUAAUAAUAGUAUUCUUUAUAAUAAUAAUAUAUUUUUUAAUAAUAAUUUACUUUAUAAUAAUAAUAUUCUUAUGAGUGAAAAGAAUACCGAUUAUCCUUUUUUUCAUAAUGAAGAUAUUGUUGGUACAAAUAAAUCAGCAACUAAUUUAUUAAUACAAGAGAAAUUAUCAAGCUAUAAUAUUAAUGUCAGGGAAAAAAAAAAAAAAAAAAAUAAAUGGAAUAAAGAUAAAAUAGAAAAAUUAUUGUUAGUAGAUAAUGAUACAUUUGUUAAUAAAUAUUCUUUUAACUGUGCCCUUAGUGCUAGUGGUGUUGUUUUGAAAGCAGUAGAUUAUGUACAUAAACAAAAGAAAAUCGUGAAUUGUGGAUAUGAAAAAUUGAAAAAAUGCAAAAAAUGUAAAUAUUGUAAGAAAUGUGAAAAUUGUAAAAAAUGCAAAAAUUCUGAGACAUGUAAAAAUUGUAAAAAUUGUAAAAAAUGUGAAUAUUGUAAAAAAUGUAAAAAGUACAGAAUACAAAACAAUAGUAUCAUUCCAAAUAAUAGAAAGAAAAUAUUUUGUGUUGUACGUCCACCUGGUCAUCAUUUAGGUACCUUUGGUGCUGCUCAAUUUAAUUUAACCGAUGAAGAUGUUGCUGCAGGUAGCCAAGGUUUUUGUAUAUUAAACAAUGUGGCCGUUGGUCUAGCUUAUGCAAAAUAUACAUACAAAAAAUUUGAACGUAUUGCCAUUAUAGAUUUUGAUGUUCAUCAUGGUAAUGGUACAGAACAAAUUAUAAGAAAUUUAGGAUUAAAGAAAUUAACCGUAAAUGAAUAUAUAGAUAUAUAUAGUUGGAAAGGGUGGAAAGAUAAUAAUGAUAAAAAAAAUAUAUUCUUUAGUUCGGUACAUGCAUAUGAUGGAUAUUUUUAUCCAGGUACAGGAUAUGAUACGGUUGAAUUAGAACCUUAUAUAAUUAAUGUUACAUUAAAAAAGAAUAUGACUUCACUCGAAUUUCUAAAUAUAUUUCAUAGUAAAAUUUUAAUACAUCUUUAUUAUUUUAAACCAAAUUUAUUAUUUUUAUCUGCUGGUUUUGAUGGACAUCAACUUGAUUAUGUAAAUAAUGGAUUUGUAAAAAAAAACACAUCAACAUAUUUUUAUUUAACAAAACUUGUCUUAUCAUUACAAAACAAAUUGAAUUUCCCUAUCAUCAGUGUUCUCGAGGGGGGGUAUAAUACUUCAAAGGAUAUGGCAUCUGUUUUUAGUCUGUCUGUGCUCGAGCAUGUGUUGUCCUUUUAUUAUAACGAUAUAAGUUUUUUUAGAAAAAAAGAAAUAAAAUUAAAAGACUUGAAAAAGAAUAUUGAAAGAAUGGAAAGAUAUAAGAAUGAUUUGAAAAAAUAUAAAAAUGAUUUGAAAAAAUAUAAAGAUGAUUUGAAAGUAUUUGAAGAUUAUUUGAAAGAAAAUAAGAAUCUUUUUGAAAAUUAUAAGAAUGAUUUGAAAAAACAUAGGAAUGAUUUUAAAAAACAUAAGAAUGAUUUGAAAAUAUUUAAGGAUGAUUUUAAAAAAUAUAAGGAUGAUUUUAAAAUAUAUUGUGAUUUCAACAAUUACUAUGAUUUGAAAAAAAGUUGUAAUUAUUUUAGUAUAUAUUAUGACGAUUUUAAUAAAUAUUAUGAUAAUUUAAAUGUUCAUGAGCAUACGAAUAAUAACCAGACUACUCUUCAAUCGAAUACAGACAAAAACAACACAAGCAUAGAAACAUGUAAUACAAAUAUAAUAGAUAAAAUGAAAAACAAAAUCAAAAAGAGCGAAAAAGAAAAUAAAAAAAUUAAGGAAACGCCUACUUUAUACUAUCCAUUUAUAUGUAUAGGAAAAAAGAAAAUAAUAAAUAUGUUCGAACGUUAUUUCUCUGUUUUUAAAGAAAAAACAGAAGAAACACAAAAUUUAAACUUAUUUUAUAAACUAGUGGAAUAUAACAAUUUCUUGAAAAUAUAUGAUUUAAGAAAUAUAGAUAUGAAAAAUAAAAUGAAUAAAUUUAUGCAGACACAUGAAGCUGUUUUGAAAAAUAUUUUAUUAGAAUGUAAUUAUGAUUAUUCAAAAAUCGAUCCUAUAAUAUUACCAAGUAAUUGUUAUUUUUAUGAAUUAUUAAAUUAUCUUAAAAUUAAAGGAAUAAGUAUGAAACCUAAAACACCUACAAAAUUAGAAAAGAAGUUCUUUUCAGCAAUCAACAAUCCUUACGAUUUUAAUAAAAUUGAUCUUGAGAAUUGUAAAAGACACCCGAAAAAGAAUUUCGAAUUCAUAAAUUUCUGGAAUUAG